AUGAUAAAAGACGCUUGCCACCGAAGCUUCGCUGGAAUGGCUGCAAACAAGAUUUUGUGCUUGGGUUCGGUGUUAAUAUUGAUAAAUCUGUGCGUAGCCGCUAAUGACGAUGCCGCCAGGUGCCAGUUUGGCAAGUCGAUGCGUAAACAGGUGCCAGCGGAACCCCUGAACGGCAUGUGCUUGCGCGAUGUCGUGAUCCACCUGUCGAAGAUGCUGAAAUCUAUCGUCAACGAAGAGCUCGGCGCUUCCUCGUUUCAGGAGAUGAUCGAUAAAAUAGAAUUUACGAAUGUCUCCAGCAAUUUGGAUGCAAAAUUGAGCGUUUUAGUUGACAAAUUUAAUAAUAAAUUGGUGGCGCACAUCAAUGUCUUCAAUCAAGUCUACGAAGUCGUACACCGUAUACUGGAACACAAUCCACUGCCUAAUACUUAUUCUAGUCAAUUAGUCGAUUACGAUAUGAUGGAGAUGAACAGAGUUUCAAAUAUAUGUAUGGAAAUUACGAAAGAACUUACAAGGCAGUUAAGAGGUCAAGACUGGAAAAGCAUACAUAUACUGCCAGUAAAUGAACCAGAUACAAUGUGUGGAUUAUCUACAUUGGCUUAUAAUGUAGGACCUCUUUUAUUAUCCCAGUAUUGUCGUGAAAAAAAUGUCAUUUUACUUUUGGAACAUGGCACAUUCAUGUCUGAAUCCGAGCUAGCCUUGGUUCAAUUGACAGCCAAAACUAUUAUAGAUAUGCUUUCUGAAGCAGAUAAUGUUACUGUUGUGGGCCUGGCUCAUACUGUUCCUCUGCUUUGUAAUGAUAGCUUGUUAAAAGCGACGGAUAUUAAUAAAUUUCAAUUGACCCGCUAUAUUGAUAGUUUAACUAGAAUAGAUUCAAAUGAAGUAAUAAAGAUUGAUUUUAUAAAAUUAACACAAAAUCUAAAGGGUGAAGUGCUUAUUUUACAUUUAACUAAUAGAUUACAAAAUACAUCAAAUGCACAAAGAAUUUUUGAAAUUAUUUCAGAACAGUUUAAAGUCUAUCUAAAAACUAUUAUUGUUACAGAUCAGCAAGCGUCCACUGUUACUAAAAAAUUAAGCAAUGACAGUAUCAUCAUUUUUCCAAUGCAAAAUGUUCUUGGAUAUGAGAUAGGAAAAUUAUUUUCGUGUUUGCAAUGUCCUGAUCGUACUAAGAAAGAUUUUUAUAUAUCAGACCCAUAUAUUGAGCCGUAUAGCAAGACAAUGACAAUAUCUAUCGGGCAAGUUAGAAAGACUGCGUUAUUAUCCUUGGAUAUAAAACUACGUGAUUUCCUCGAUGACGUAACAUAUUUCAAUGUUGGUUCAAACAUAUAUGCUAUAUUCUUUGAUAGCAAAGGAGUGGUUUGGAUGCAUAAAAAUUUUCCUAGAUUUGAAACAAUGGUUGAGCAACCGCUUAAAGUGCAUUUACAAGACAUUGAAAAUAUAGAUAGUCAAACAGUAUUGAAGAUGAUAAAUGAGUUUAAAGGAAUCAUAAAUGUAAAAACAAAAUUAGGGGAACAGAAGCGAUAUAGAUGGAAACAUUUAAAUUAUAAUGAUUUGAUAAUAUGCUUGGUAUCGACGACUGAGGAAGGAAUAUUGCCAAUCGCGAGAAAUGCACCUCCACUACCGGCAAAUAUAUUACAUCACCGCCUCGAUCUUAUGCUUCAAACUGUCGUUGAUAAAGAUAUAUUUUGCAUUUACAGAAACAAGAUUGUAACUUUAUCAACAGGUGUAAUUUAUUUAUCACCAUGGUGCUUUCAAUCUCCAAUGGAACAACUGAAAUUACUAGAAACAGGUUCAACCGUCAAUGUACAAAGUUACAUGGCAUAUCUAAAAGAUGUAACGGGUCUUUUGGCUAAUCCUGGUUUACAUCCAUCUGUUAAAUCAGAUGUAUCGAUGUUAGCACCAGUUUUAGAAUAUUUUAAAAAACAGCACGCCGAGAGUUCGUUAAAUAAAUUUAUUAUAAGAAGAUAUGUUGUUAGUACGGUUAGUGGUGUAUUGGAAAUAUUUCCAGGAAUGGUAUUGGAUUCUGGUUUUGAUCCCAAAAGGCGAAUAUGGUACGGGAAGAUACUGGAACAAUUUGAUAAGAUAAUCUUAACUCCGCCUUACUUAGAUGCAGGUGGAUCAGGCUAUGUUGUCACUCUGAGUCAAACUGUCAAAUAUUCUGUGAAGAUUAAUGGAAGUACAAAUUACGUAAUUGCUGUUCUAUCUAUGGAUGUUACAAUGGGUUACAUUAUGAGAUUGUUGUUAGAAACGUUUCCAUUCUGUCAUGAUGCAACUGUAAAAUGUUUCUUGAUGGAUGACAAAGGCUAUUUGGUAUCACAUCCAAAGCUGUUAGAAGCAACAGGCAAGAUCGAACAACAGCAUUUAACACACAAGGAACUUUUAGUGGCUAAUGAUAUAUUGAAUCAUGGAAUGUUCGUGAAAAAGAAAUCAUGCGCUAGCUACUUAGAUGGUACUGUGCAAAGAUACUAUCAAUUUAAUACGUCGCUCGACGAGGUGCUCACUAAUAUGGCACAUGGCGAGCACUGUGUUAGAUAUCAGGUAGCAGCUGUACCAGGCACCAAUGUAUUCCUUGGUGUUGUGAAUAUGACUACUCAAUGUAAUUUGCUUAGAGCUUUUUGUCCGUGCAGUACGAUGGAUCAUUCAUGCCUGAAUUGCAAAAGUAUGGAACAAACUGGUUGCGAAUGUCCUUGCGAAUGCUCCUUGUAUUCUUCUACCUGUAUGCAACAAAAUAUCGACAAUUUGGAUCCUUGUCCACCUAUAUAUGAGCAAGGAUCUAAUUUACAAACUCCGUGGAUAGAGCCGAUGAAUUUGAAAUCGUGCCCAAUUACCAACUGCAAAUCGUAUCUAACGGAGAGAGACUGUUUAGGUGUAGCGGAUUGUCAAUGGUGUCAUGUCGACACCGAUGGGGAGUCUCCUUUACAACAACCGUUUUGCUCUGAUAUGUCCGUAUGUUUUAAAGGAAUUUUCGGUUCUUUAGUACCUUACAGCGACGGCACUUAUAAUUCGCAAUCGACCGACGAGAUUGCGGUACGAGAAUGGCCAUCAGUUGGACCGGUAGCUGGUGGAAUUCUUGCACUGUUUUUGAUUCUAGGCUUCAUUCUGUUCUGCUACAGACUCCGAUCGAUGCACUCGGGUCUGGAGCAUCAAUGUUUGCAUCUUCAUACCUCACCCGAUACAUUACGUAUGACACAUAUCGAUGGCGAUCCGGAACCUGCAGAAUUAGAUCAGAUUAAAAAUAAUUUAGAUUGUCUUGUGAGAGACAGUGUGGCGCCUAUAUCACCGUACAGAGUUUCUACUAACUACAGAAGACCUCCUGGUGGGGACAGUGAUCAUGGGUAUAGUACAAUGACACCUCACGAUGAUUCAGAACAACAAACUUUUGCCUCCGAACCCCUAUUAGCCGUCGAAAAUGACAACGAAACGGAUUUGAUUAAACAAUCCGGCAUUGAAAUACCUUCUCCUACGACAUGUUUAGGAUCGCCACAUCAUGUUUUAGCACUUGUGACUGUCCAUCGAGAUAUGGAAACGAAUUACUGUUGACUGAUAAAACUGAAUUCACUGUCAUUUAUUUAAAAAGAUAAGACGUUAUUUCCUCGAAACAUUAAGCAUGUUUAAGCAAACAAAACAGUUAGCCUGUUUGUUUAGCAGU